CUGUUGGUGGCCCAUUUAUCAUAUCUCCGCCCUCCAGUGUUUCAGUCCCAUGAGGGCGGCUCUUUAAAUUGCCCCAAAACUCCUCCUGGCUGGCGCCUUUUUCCCUUUAUCUGUAGGAGACAAGACGCACGUGCUAUUUAUAGGACGCCGUUGGAAUAAACCUCCUCAACCUGCUGGUCUGAAAAGCUAAGCAAACAUGAGCGACAAGGGGACAGUCUCACCGAAAGAGAAGGAGGCAACAGAGAAGAGGGGGCGUGGAAGACCCCGCAAGCAGCCCCAGGUAAAGACCUCUGACGAGCCAAGUGGGUCCCCUACUCCAAAGAGGCCCAGAGGACGGCCGAAGGGCAGCAAAAACAAGACAACCGGCAAGGGCAAAAAGGCAACAGCACCCCCAUCCACAGGGGGAAAACGCAGGGGAAGACCUAAGAAGGAGGAGAAGGAGGAAAAGGCGUCCCAGGAAUCAUCCGAGGAGGAAGAGGAAGAGGACCAGUAAUUCACAACGCAUGCUACCUCACUCAACAUACUGACUUACUGUUAACCAGAACUGGGCUGUAUCUCCAACACCAGUGCCACCACAUGACCACUGUUCACGACAAAGCCCUCUUUGCCAAAAGGAGGGCUAACACAGUACAUAUAUCAUGCAACAGCACUGGAUAGAACGAUGGACCUUGCUCAAGCAUAGAUCUAAGAAUUACAUGAAAGGUAACAGCCCUUUUCUCUACAUGUCAUGAUAUCACAAGUCUUUUAUACUGGACAAAGGUGUGCUCUAAGGAGCCUGGACGUUUUCCGUUUUUCCCCUAAAGAUGGUUUGUAGGACGUUUUCUCUGCUUAAUGUUACUUAUUUGUUGUUACCCGCAUCUGAGAUGGUAGGGCAUAUAGAUUCUUCUCCAUGUUUUGUACUGGACAAAGGUGAAUUUUACCUAUACUUGCUGUUUGUUUGUCCCCCCACCCCCACCCUCCAUCUUGUUUGUUUUUGUUUGUUUGUGCGUUCGUGUGAAGUGGUUAACCUAUCCUUUGCAUCGUAUUAUAGAUGGAGUUGAGCUUCAGCGUUUAGGAUGAGAAUAGGUAACUGAUGGUAGAAGCGUCUUUUUGUUUUUGUUUUGUUUUUCCCCUGCCUGUGUCUAACUGAUUUCGCCUCGUCUCACCAGUAGAGCAGAAUCAUCUUUACCACGCCUCCUCCUCCUCCUCCUCCUACUCCUACUGUAGGAACGUUUAGAUUUAGUUAUGCUUCUCAAACUUCCUUCUCAGUCCUCAGCGUGUAGUGGGGAGAUGUAAAGUUUAUCGUUAGUAAUCAGAAUAGUCUGAUCAGACUUACUGUUUUGUUCCUUCGGGUUACAUACCAUUUUCAAAAAGAAAAAAACAUGAGUGUGCUGCUUUUCAUGUUAUAAUAAAACUCAAAUCUUUUUGGUAUAAUGUGUGUUUUUAAGGAUAGGGUUGGCAGAGUUCUAGGCUGAGAGCAUCAGUGUCGUUUCUUCAGGGAGCUUUUACAAAUGCUGUUACAUUGGCGUCUUUGUCUUCACAUGGUCCUCAGUUUUCAAGCGCUCACUCAAUCACUUGUAAAGGCAAACUGCAAUUGGUCAAACAAGGAGUUUGAUUGUAAUAGAGGAUAGUUGGUGGCACGGCUAUCCAACAGGGCUGUACGUUUUUUUUUUUUUUCUUUUUUUUUUUUUUUUUUUUUCUCCCCAUUCCAUCUAGCUCUCACCGCUUCACCUAGCUCGGUCCUUCUGUCAUCACUUAGUACAGUAAUAUACUUUUUCUUAGUCUUUUUUGAAGAUGUGUGUUGUAUGACGUCUGCUACAGGAAAAAAGAUGUUUGUGUGUAUUUCUAAGUGUCAGGGAACCCGCGGUCACAGUCCACUUAACUGGGUUUUUCCACACACCUAAGCUGCUACAACCUCAGUUACGAAACCCGGAAAACUGCAAACAGGCGAUACAAGGCCUGGAAUUUCAUACCUCACUCAACAGCUUACUUUACCAUAUAAUUGCAUUUAACUGGUUUUCUGUUGUUUUAAAUGUAACCUCUGGCAUGAGAUGGAAAGAUGUCGUUAUUACAAAGUUUGUGUAGUUUUUUUUUUUUUUUUUAACCUGACUGUAAUAAGGUAUCUAAGAUGUCAAGUGUGUGCAUACACGCAACACGUCUUGGCUCGUUCAUAACCGGAGCUUGCAGACAGGUUGUUUUAAAUGUGUGAAGCAAGUCAGGGAGACCUGUCAGCUUGACAACUGUGUUCGCUGACUGUGGUAGAUUAGCAGGUGUGUUUUUAUCCUUUUAAAAAAUUUUUCUUCUGGUGCACUGAAAUGUUGGUUCAGAUUUUCAUGGACAAAUGUUUGUGUGUUUGUGAUAGACUGGGCGCUCUUUCCACUCAACUGUUCUGUUGGCCACCGUGUGUUGGUCACCGUGUGUUUGGCACUACCACACACAGCCACCCUCGCCAUACUCAAUACAACAGGUCUCAAUACAAUGGUCAUUUCAUGUCUCUCUCUUUUUUUUUUUUUUUUCCAGCGUCCUCCAACUACUCUUGACAAUAUCAGUGUCAUUCUACAUACCAACAUCUUGCAUCCGUUCAUUUAUAUACUGUAAACUCAAUAGGAUGGGAUCAUUCUUUUUAAUGUACACCGUAUAUAAAUGUACAAUGUCUAUAUUUCUAUGGUGCCCUACAACAAUUUGUAUCAGAAAUGGUCAAUAAAGAGAAUUUUCUUUGUCA